UUAGUUUCUUUCACAUUAAAACAUGUUCGCUCAACGACCACCAUCAACUGUUGCUCAUAAAGAUGAAUGGUUUCUUUUAACUUUGACGAACUGUUAUGUUUUAAUUUUGCGACGUCAACGUUGAACCCGUUCCCUUUGUUUUGGUGUCAAUCCCAUCACCGUCCCCAUGGUAACGGGAAGAAUGCGGUGUGUGUGUUCAGUUCAGUUCACGCAACAAAAGUGUGUGUCCGCUUUUCAAUUUCAAUUUCCGCCGAAACCAACUCGUUACUGUGACUGUUUGCUCUCUAGAUUAGACGUAUUGUGUGACUUCUUGGUCAUUCAUCCGCUGCCUGAUCAGUCUGAGAUACAUGGUCUGCACUCAUGGCAGUAGAGAAAGUGUCUUAUUAGUAUAUAGAAAGUGAUUCAUUAGAAUCGUCCACCCUAUCUGCAUUCCCCCCCGCGGCAGCCAGAGGGAACACCUACCGGGAGCAUCUGUGUCACCGCCAGCCGUCCCGCCCAGACCGAGUGGCACCCUGUGGCUCCAGUCCCGAGGAGAGCCGAGUCCAGUCCCGAGCAGAGCCGAGUCCAGCCCCUCGCUCCAGGACCACACUCUUCCUGUCUCAAGAUCCACACACACCGGGCAUGUCUGCUGGAGGGACGGCCCUGUCGCUCCUCACAUCGCGGGACGGGACGGAAGAGCAGCAGCGAUCCUCUGGUGUCCGCUCGGUGAGGAGCAUGUCCGUCGGAGCUCGGGGUUCCGGAUCUUAGGAGCAGUCCUGAAGAUGUCCACUCUGGCAGGUCCCACCGGUCCUCCCGCACUGCUGACCCCGGAUCAGUUCACAGUCAUCGUGGCGUGUGGCUCCUCUCUGGUUCUCUUUGUGCUCAUCGUGGCCAUGCUGUAUGUGAUCUAUCGUAAAGACCCCCAAUGCUGCAAAGUCCCCCCCUACCGAGACUCCCACCGGAAUCUGCACUCCCCCCCUCAGUACUACAGCAGCCGGCAGGCCCUGAUGGGCUCUCUGUUUCUGGACCCGGACGACUACACCCAGCAGGACGGCCAGCUGUUCCUGGUGGGCCCGCCCUCCAGCUACGGCCUGCCCCCCCUGGCGCCCCCGCUGCCGCGCCUCCCAUCCUACGACAGCGUGAGGAAGAGUGACCGCCAGCGGCAGAUCCACAUGAUGAUCGCCGACCGCUUCGGCCUCAACGGCCCCGCCGGCACCGAGCCGCCACCGACCUACGAGGAGAGCGUCGGCCACUCCGUGGCCCUCCCGUACGACAUCCUGCUGCCCGUCCCGGAAGCCGCCGAGCCCGCGGGCGCCACGCCGGGAGGCCCCGCCCCUCACGGCGAGACACGCCCCCUCCCGCCGGGCGCCACCGAGGGCGGCAGCGACCUCCGCCUCCCCGUCUGACCGGCCUCCGUCUGGGGAGGGACGGGGAGCAGCGGGACAGAAGGACAGAUGGACAGGAGGAGAGAAGGACAGAAGGACAGAAGGACAGAAGGACAGAAGGAGAGAAGGAGAGAAGGACAGGAGGACAGAAGGACUGGAGGA